AUGGCCACCGUCCCGUCGGCCGCCGCCCCCGCGGGGGUCCCCGGCUCCCCGAUGUCGCCGCCCCCGCCCGGACCCGAGCCCCAGUCCCCGCUCCCGCUGUCUCCGGCCGCCCUGCCCUCGUCCCCGGCCCCGGGCCCGCUUCUGGCCCCGGCCCCGGCCCCGGGCCCCGGCGUCUCCUUCCACAUCCAAAUCGGGUUGACCCGGGAGGUGGUGUUACUGCCGGCCGCCUCCGAGCUCGCUCACGUCAAGCAGCUCGCCUGCUCCAUCGUGGACCAGAAGUUCCCGGAAUGCGGUUUCUACGGCCUCUACGACAAAAUCCUGCUCUUCAAACACGACCCCGCCUCGGCCAACCUGCUGCAGCUGGUGCGCUCCGCCAACGACAUCCAGGAGGGAGACCUGGUGGAGGUGGUGCUGAGCGCCACCGCUACCUUUGAGGAUUUCCAGAUCCGCCCUCACGCCCUCAACGUCCACUCGUACCGCGCUCCGGCCUUCUGCGACCACUGCGGGGAGAUGCUCUUCGGCCUCGUCCGCCAGGGGCUCAAAUGCGACGGCUGCGGGUUGAACUACCACAAGCGCUGUGCCUUCAGCAUCCCCAACAACUGCAGCGGUGCCCGCAAGCGGCGCCUGUCCUCCACCUCCCUCGUCAGCAGUCAGUCCCUGCGCCUUCUCACCACUGAAUCCCUGCCCUGUGGCACCGACGAGCUGACCCGCAGCUCCACCGAGUCCUUCCCGCGCCGCCCGGCCUCUUCCUCCUCCUACAUGGGCCGCCCCAUCGAGCUGGACAAACUGCUGUUGUCCAAAGUCAAGGUCCCGCACACCUUCCUGAUCCACAGCUACACUCGGCCCACCGUCUGCCAGGCCUGCAAGAAGCUGCUCAAGGGCCUCUUCCGGCAGGGCCUGCAGUGCAAAGAUUGCAAGUUUAACUGCCAUAAGCGCUGCGCCAUCCGAGUCCCCAAUGACUGCCUGGGGGAGACUCUGCUCAAUGGAGACGUGCCCAUGGAGGAUGCCGGCGACUUCAGUGACGCCGACAAGAGCUCUCUGAUGGACGAGUCGGACGAUUCGGGAGUCAUCCCCGGCUCCCACGCGGAGAACGAGCUGCGGGCCUCUGAGGAGGAGGGCGACGACAGCAAGGCCCAGAGCUCCAUGGGCUACAUCCCAUUGAUGCGCGUGGUGCAGUCGGUGAGGCAUACGACCCGCAAGUCCAGUACAACGCUCAAGGAAGGCUGGGUCGUCCACUACAGUAACAAAGACACCCUGCGGAAACGACAUUACUGGCGUCUGGACUGCAAGUGCAUCACCUUGUUCCAGAACAACACGGCCAAUCGCUACUACCGGGAGAUCCCACUCUCGGAGAUUCUGGCUGUGGAGCCGGCUCAGAACUUCAGCCUCGUACCCCCGGGCACCAACCCCCACUGCUUCGAGAUCAUCACCGCCAACGCCACCUACUUUGUGGGCGAGACCCCCGUCACGGCCCCCGGAGGGCCCAACCCCUGCGGGCAGGGGGCGGAGACGGGCCGGGGCUGGGAGAGCGCCAUCCGCCAGGCCCUGAUGCCCGUCAUCCUGCAGGACGCUCCCAGCGCGCCAGGCCACGUGCCCCACCGUCAAGCGUCUCUGAGCAUCUCCGUAUCUAACAGCCAGAUCCAGGAGAAUGUGGAUAUCGCCACCGUCUACCAGAUCUUCCCGGAUGAAGUGCUGGGGUCCGGGCAGUUUGGUGUCGUUUACGGAGGAAAGCAUCGGAAGACGGGCCGGGACGUGGCGGUGAAGGUGAUCGACAAGCUGCGUUUCCCCACCAAGCAGGAGAGCCAGCUGCGCAACGAGGUCGCCAUCCUACAGAACCUGCGUCACCAGGGAAUCGUAAACCUGGAGUGCAUGUUCGAGACGCCGGAGAAGGUGUUUGUGGUGAUGGAGAAGCUGCACGGAGACAUGCUGGAGAUGAUCUUGUCCAGCGAGAAGGGGCGGCUCCCGGAGAGGCUCACCAAAUUCCUCAUCACUCAGAUCCUGGUGGCCCUGCGGCACCUGCACUUCAAGAACAUCGUUCACUGCGACCUGAAACCAGAGAACGUCCUCCUAGCCUCUGCCGACCCCUUCCCCCAGGUGAAACUGUGUGACUUCGGCUUCGCCCGCAUCAUCGGGGAGAAGUCAUUUCGGCGGUCGGUGGUGGGCACCCCGGCCUACUUGGCGCCCGAGGUCCUGCUCAACCAGGGCUACAACCGGUCCCUGGACAUGUGGUCCGUGGGCGUCAUCAUGUACGUCAGCCUGAGCGGCACCUUCCCCUUCAACGAGGACGAGGACAUCAGCGAUCAGAUCCAGAACGCCGCCUUCAUGUACCCCUCCAGCCCCUGGCGCCAGAUCUCCGCCGAAGCCAUCGACUUGAUCAACAACUUGCUGCAGGUGAAGAUGCGCAAACGCUACAGUGUGGACAAGUCCCUGAGCCACCCCUGGCUCCAGGACUAUCAGACCUGGCUGGACCUGCGGGACCUGGAGGGCAAGAUGGGCGAGCGUUACAUCACUCACGAGAGCGACGAUGCCCGGUGGGAGCGCUUUGCCGAGGACUACAGCCUGCCCUACCCCUCACACCUCCGGGGACGGGGCCAGGGGCAGGAGGAAGGGGAUGGGGACGGAGAGCGGGUGGGCGUCCAGGGCGGGCAGCCGGAGGACCGUGAGAUGCAGGGGCUGACAGAGCGGGUCAGCAUCCUGUGAGCGCGGGGUUGGGGGUGGAUGGCCCCGGUCCUCUGAACCCAGCCCCCUGGGGGGCCUCCAGGCCAGGCUGGGAGGGUCAGUGUGGUGGGUGGGGGGAGGCCGGGUCGGCAAGGUGGGCCCCUGGCCCCCUCCCGGGCCCCCCGCGGCCCAGACCUAGACUUCCGGCCAACGCAGCGUCUCUCCCUGGCCACCCCAGCUUGGGCUGUCUCAUUCAUGGCGUACGCCUGCUCAGGGGUGGGCCUCAGGCUGGAGUCAGGAUGGUCACAGGCCCCCACCUUGAUGUGGGUCAGGAGCCUUGGGGCCCAGGCCAUCAGCUGACCACAGGCCACCACCGUGCUGCGGGACUGGAGCCUUAGGGCCCAGGCCUCCGACUGACCACAUGCCCCCACCGUGCUGCAGGUCUGGAGCCUAAAGGGCCCAGGCAACCGUCCUAUCGUAGGCCCCCACCGUGCUGCGGGCCUGAAGCCUUAUGACCUAGGCUGCCAUCUGAUCUCAAGCCCCCACCGUUCUGCAGGCCUGGAGCCUUAGGGUCCGGGCCGCCGUCUGAUCGCAAGCCCCUAUCGUGCUUCGGGGUGCUCAAGGUCCAGCCGCUGUCUGACCACAGGCCCCCACCGUGUUACAGGACUGGAGCCUUAGGCCCCAGGCCACUGUCUGACCACAAGCCCCUAUCAUGCUGCGGGCCUGGAGCCUUAAGGUCCAGGCCACCGUUUGACCACAGGCCCCCAUCACGCUACAGUAUUGGAGCCUCGGGGCUCAGGCCACUUUCUGACCCCAGGCCCCCACCGUGCUGUGGGACUGGAGUCUCAAGCCACUGUGACAUUGUCUGGCCAUAGCCCCUCAGCACCCCCCACCGCGCUGCCUGGUCGGGCCUCAUUCAUCACACUCCUCACUCCCUCCACGCCCCCAUCCACAGCCCCACCAGUCCUCGCUGGAAAUAACGGGUCUGGGAAGUGGGAUCCAUCCUGCUGAGCCGGCCCUGGUCGAAGUAGGGGCUGGGGGGGAAGGGGACCCGUCGCCUGGUUGUUCUGCUCCUCAUCCCCCUCCCUCCUCUCCCCCUCCCCUCACUUUAUCCCAGUCCGCGGGACCGGCCCUCCUUCAUUAAAGUGAUUAUGAGUUUGAAUUC